AUGGUUGCUACCGAUUCAAAAGCAGUAGAGGCUCCCCAACAAUUCAAACAGCCCUCUAGAAAAGGCAAGAAGGCCUGGCGCAAAAAUGUCGACGUCACCGAAGUUCAGGAAGGACUCAGACUAGUUCGCGAAGAAGAAAUCAAAGGUGGUGUUAUAGCAGAGAAACCUUCUGAAGAGCUUUUCACCCUCGACACAACAGGCGACCAGGAACUGGCAAAAGCACACAGAAAGGGACGCAAAGUUCUUAAAUCAGACGAAAUACUCGCACAGCGUUCGGCAAUCCCGGCGGUAGAUAGUCGCAAGCGACCAAAUUCCAAAGUCACAGAUGGCAUAAUUGAGCCAAAGACGAAGAAGCAGAAGAGCGAUUGGGUCAGCAAUAAAGAGUGGCUCAGGCUGAAGCGGGUUGCUCAGGAGAAUAAACCAGCUGCCAAGCCAGAGGAUGGCGUGAACUAUGACCCUUGGGUAGAUUCAGUCGAGGCUGCUGAACCCCAAGACGAAAAAUUCGAAUACAUCCCCAAGAAGAAACAAAAAGUUGCUCCAGUAACUCUGAAAGAAGCUCCAAUUUCCCUUGCUGCCAACGGGAAACCGAUACCUGCAGUGAAGGCACCUACUGGUGGCACCAGCUAUAACCCAUCCUUCGAGGAAUGGGACAGUCUCCUCGUCAAGGAAGGUACUAAAGAAAUUGAAGCUGAAAAGAAGCGAAUUGAAGAGGCAAAGAAGGAAGCCGAACGACAACGCUUGAUUGCCGAUGCCCAGAAUGAUGACGGCGAAGUCAGAUCAGAUGACGAAAGUGCUUGGGAAGGAUUUGAAAGCGAAUACGAGAAACCGGAGUGGUUGAACAAGAAAAGACCGGAACGGAAAACACAGGCCCAACGGAACAAAAUCAGACGCCGCAAGGAAGCAGAAAGGAAUGCGAAAUGGGAGGCGAAGAUGAAACAACGAGAGGAACAAGCAAAGAAUAUUCAGAGUAUCACCCAAAGCCUGGAAGAGAAGGAGGCAUUACGUAAGCAAUUACAGCAAGAUAGCUCUUCGGAAGAAGGUGAUGAUACAGUUUUACGCAAGAGACCUUUGGGCAAAAAUCCUGUCCCAGAAAAGCCACUUGAGUUGGUUCUUCCUGAUGAAUUGCAGGAGUCAUUACGACUUUUAAAACCAGAGGGAAAUCUCCUCGAUGAACGGUUCCGAACUCUUAUCGUCCAAGGAAAACUUGAAUCUCGCAAGCCUGUUACGCAGUCAAAGAAACCCAAAAGGAAGGCCACGGAGAAAUGGGCUUAUAAAGAUUUUGAAAUCCCUGGGCUGUGA